AGUGUAUUUUAGGCCAAUUGACUGCAUCUGGCUUUCAUGGUAUUUAUCGGAGAUAUUUCCGUUAGUUCCUUUUCGACGCCACAACGCUUUAACAGCUAACACGGGUGAAUGCGGCGUGCCUUCUUACGUGUGGCGGUGGGCCCUCCCGCUGCGGCUGCGGCUGCCGUGGCUGGGAUGGUGCACCCUCCCUCCCGCCUGCUCUCUACCACUCUCGCCGUGAGACAAAACGCACCCGCGCAGGAUCACUCGUCACUUCGCCAGAAUUUAAGACACGUGCGCGGUGAGAGCAAAGAACUGCGCGCUGUAGCCGAGUACACGCACUCCUUCGCAGAGGUGGAGGGCCGCAGACCACGCAUUCUGCUCUGCACCUUCGAGGACUGCUCUCAAGGGCGUCCAGAUGACAAGUUUGCCACCGUGAUGGCCGACCUCGGCUUCGACGUUGACAUAGGACCGUCCAAGCAGGCCCCUGAGCAGAUCGCGCGACAGGCAGUGGAGGCUGACGUGCACGGCGUCCACGUCAGCGUCCUCUCUGACGCCGGUGCAGCUCCUCUUCCCCACCUCGUCGAGUGUCUCAAGCAGGAUGGGGCAGAGGACGUCUUCGUCACAGUGGCGGCAGAGGCCCCUCCGGCAAACAUGCCACGCGGCGCCGUUUACGUGAAGCGCGGUGACUUUGUUGGUGUUGCACAGACAAUUAUGAAGCUGCUGCACGCCUCGGAUCAACCCGCAAACCGUUAG